AUGGCCAGCCCGUCGGGGUCGCCGCACCGCUCGCUGUAUAAAGUGGUGGGCUCGCCGCCUUGGAAAGAGGCGUUCAGGCAAGGAUGCCUGGAAAGAAUGAAGAACAGCCGGGACAGGCUCCUGAACAGGUACCGCCAGGCUGGAGGCAAUGUGCCCAGAGGAGCUCAGAACACCUUUCUAGUGCACGAGGUGAUGGAAGAGGAGUGGAAUGCUCUGCAGUCGGUGGACAGAUGUGCAGAGACCCUGGCUCAGGUGGAGGAGCCAGUGGGUCUGGCUGUGCUUGAGGAAAUCCAACAGGAGCUGAUCAACCAAGAACAGUCCAUCAUCAGCGAGUACGAGAAGAGCCUGCAGUUUGAUCAACAGUGUCUCAACAUCAUGCUGGCUGAGUGGGAAGCAAACCCCCUCAUCUGCCCUGUGUGUACAAAGUAUAACCUGGGAAUAACCAGCGGCGUGGUCGUGUGUCCCUGUGGUCUGUACAUCCCAUCUUAUUCUCCAGAGUUGACUGAGUCGAAGCUCCGAGCCUUCUUAGAGGAUCGUGUACAUGAGCAUAGUAUGCACUGUUCCCACAUGCCUGGGUUUUCGGUCACCGAAGGAACUGGAGAGAAGCCCAAUCUCCUCAUGAGCUGUGUGGCUUGUGAUUUUUGGGCUAUCAUCCUCUAGAACCAGCCUUGCCUUAGCAUCCGGCUCCAGGGCUUGACGUGACUCCUCCUCCCUCACGCCCCAGUCUGGGAGUCUUUGUAUAUACAUUGUUUACUUCUAAUUUAUUUUGUAUUAAAACUGUACAUUCUU